AGUUAUGCAUGCUAGCAAUCGCUACCAUAUCCACGCAAGAAGCUCAAGGAAUCAACUUCAGUUUUUACAUUGAAAACGUAUUAUAGGCUUAUAGCUAAGCUAACGCACGUUGCCGGCCGGCCGGUGCACGCGCCAACGCCAUGGACAACGCGAAUGAUCAUCAGCCGCGGCAGCACCAUUUCGUGCUGGUGCACGGGAUGAACCACGGUGCGUGGUGCUGGUACAAGGUGGUCACGGCGCUGCGCCGCGCGGGCCACCGGGCGACGGCGCUGGACAUGGCCGGCUGCGGCGUGCACCCGGCUCGCGCAGACGAGGUGGCCUGCUUCGAGGAGUACUCGCGCCCGCUGCUGGACGCGCUCGCGGCGCUGCCGCCCGGCGAGCGCGCCGUGCUCGUCGCGCACAGCCACGGUGGGUACAGCGUCGCACUCGCCGCUGAGAGGUUCCCGGAGAAGGUCGCCGCCGCCGUGUUCUUGGCCGCGUCCAUGCCCGCCGUCGGCCGUGCAAUGGCUGUCACAAGCGACGAAUUAUUCGCAUAUGUCAGUCCAGAUUUCAUCAUGGAUUCAAAAGAGUUUGAGCAGAAGAACCCAAAGAUCAAGGGUAAACCGUUCAUAUUUGGGCCAGAGUUCAUGGCCCAGAGGGCGUACAAUAUGAGCCCACCAGAGGACUUAACUCUGGGGUUAAUGCUGGUUCGACCGGCCAACUCGUUCACCACAAAUAACAUGGAGGAGCCGGUCAUGAGGGACGAGAAUCUCCUUACAACGGCAAGGUAUGGGCCGGUGAGACGCGUCUACAUCAUGGUGGAGGACGACCGUGCCCUGCCGGUAGGGUUCCAGCGCCACAUGAUCGCACAAAGUCCUGGAGUCGAGGUGGAGGAGAUGGUCCUUGGUGGAGCAGACCACAUGCCCAUGCUAUCGAGGCCCAAGGAGCUCGUCGAGAUCCUCGUGAGGGUAGCUGGCCGGUGGCAUGCUACGCAGUGAAGACAGAAGAUUGCACACGUAUAUACUUUCUUCGAUUCAUAAUAAAUAUCGUUGAUGUAGUACAUCUUAGAGAGUACCACGUAUAUUAUUGAGAAGUUAUGAUAGUAUGCUGUUUUUGCUUCUUCUCUUUUAGAUAAUGAAAGCUUUUAUUACUUCUGGCCUCUCCUAGAAACACA